CCGGCAACCGCAUUCAUGGGUCUUUAACUGGCUAACAAAAAAAAAAUCAACUUGAAUGGUAGGCCUACAUUAUUUAUUCUUCUAUAUAUUAAGGGCCCAUGAUCAAUUUAUUGAUCAUUUUGGCUCCUAUUUAUUUCAAAUAGAUUUUUUUCCCCUUCAAAAACUUAUUAAAAUAUGUGUUGAAUGAAAACAUAAUGCUGCUACUGUUAAGUUUACAAAUAAUAUUGCCACUAAAUGCUUUAUCACUGGUUAAUAAUCUAAAAUUUCUAAAAUUGCAACCAACCAAUCCUUGCUCGAUACAAGUAGUAACAUUUCAUUAUUUAAUAUCUAAUAAUAUUCAACAUUCAUUUCAAUAAGUAUUGGUAUUACCGGGUACUAUAAUUGCAGUCAUUAUUACAUUGUAUUCAUAUUUUUUAUAAAUACAUAUAUCUAUUUUAAAAGAUUAUAUUUUAAUUUAGAAAAUUUAGAAAGAAAAUUGAUUUGUACAUCCGUCUCUUAAAAAAUAUAUCUUUAAUUUACACUUUUCUACUCCCAAACUGGCAAUACAGGAUGUUUGUAAACAAUUCCUGCUAAUAUAAUGGCGACCGAAGUGACAGUUAAGAUUUGGCAGAGGAAUAUAAAUCAAGCAUUACUUGUAGAUGAAAAGGAAUGGGGGAUUAAACUCUCAGAACUGAGAGAUCUAUUAACAAUUCAAGGUCUUGAAGUUCCUAAUGAUUAUCGAUUCUUAACCUGUUCUGGAAAUAUUGUCUCCACAACUUUGGAGCAGACGAUCGAGUUCAAAGAUAUUUUGACGUCAACUGCGCCGUUAACUUCGUCGCAAAGAAAAACAGAGUCAGAUGGUACAUUAAAAGCGGAAGAAUUGAAUGAACAACUUAAAAAUGGAUUAAAAUUUGCCGGUCAAAUAUGUCUUUUUCAAACUGAUGGUACUCCAGAUCCAUUACAUCACUGUGCAUGCAGCAUGAAUAUUCCAGGAUCUCUGUCAGCAUCUCCCUCAGGCCCAUCACAUGGAAUAGAAAAUGAAAACUUAAACAUUGGCCAAGAACAGCCACAAGAUCCACUUGCUUCCAAAGUGAAUGAAGAAUGCCAUGGAUGCCCAGCUCUAAUGUUAAAAAAUUGUUGUCCAUUUCUGUAUGAUGCUCUUAAGCCAAAAAGACUACUGAAAGCUUUGUUGAUUUUACCAAUAAUUUUAAUAGUGCUCAUGGCUGCCUUAACACUCACUCUACACAUGGUAAUAUUCAUUAUUUUUUAACUUUCCACAUCAUAUAAUCAUAAUAUGAUGUAGUGUUUUCUCAUGUUCAGACCAUACACCCCAAUCUAAAAUCCAAGCAAAAUGGACCCCUCAAAAGGGCUGAAACAUCACACUCACACAGUUAUUAUUAUUAGUAAUUAUUAGUAGUAUUAGCUUUCUUUUCCAGCCUCAGGGACUAUGAAUACAAGUUUGAUCUUCAAUAUGGGAAAGAAAAAAUUAGCUUAAUAAAAUAAUCUUAGUGACUGGGUGGGGUGAGAUGAGCCCUAGGAAUAAAUGGUGAUUAUUUAUAUUUUAAAAAUGCACAAAUUCUUUUAAACUAAGCUAUGUCUUACUUUAAUUUAAUGUAUGACACUUACAAUAAAUGUGUAAGUAUAAUACUGGUAAAAAAUAAAAUAUUUAAAUUCUUGCUUAAUUUCUUUACUGAAUGCUGAUGAUUAGCAUAAGUAAAGAAUGAAGUCAUUGUUUUUUUUAAAUAAACAAAUGUUAAUAUUAUUAUUGAACAAAAAUGUAAGUAAACUUAAGAUUUCUGUAAAAUUAAAAUCUUAUUUAGUGAACUUUACUCUUCCCAAGUUAGCUAUUUAAUAUGAAGCUUAAUAUCUGUUAUCUAUCAAGGAAAAAAAAAAAGGGCGACUUUACAUUAAUAUGUAUUAUUUUCUUUAGAUCUUUGGCAUUACUGGAAGCUUGUCUCACAAUGCAGGCUUUUCAAGCUUUUUGACAAAACCGUCAGAGAGUGAUUCAGAGAUGUGGAUAAAUAUGAAAGUUAGGCUUUCAGAAAUUGAAAUGGCCAACAAAUUUGAGAUUCAAGAUGUCAAAAGAAAAAUAUCUGAAUUGGAAGAUUUGUACCUCAGAGAUUUGGGUAAUUUUUUUUUUAAAACAUUGGUUGAAAUAUUUUAAGAGGAUUAAAUAUGGUUAAUUUUGAAUAAUUAAGACAUUAGUGCAUUAAUAACUCCAUGAUUUCAUUUUCUUUUUAAAAAAUUAAAAUUACCAAUUAUCAUGAACUUAAAAAUCACGCAGUUUUUGUUUACAAUUAAGAAACAAAUUAUCCUGUAAAGAUUUUUAUCGUUUGAAAGUCAUAGAAAGAAAAACUAAAUGUUUUAAGAUAAUUAUAUAAAAAUCUUAUUAUUGCAGAGGUACAAAGAAGAGAGCUAACUCUGAUAAAAAACAGGCAAGUAGAUGGAGAGUCCACUUAUGGUCAGAAGUUAGAGAAUAUGAGUGCUAGAUUGGACAAAUUGAUCCUCAUGAUGAACGGUUUUGACAGAUUAAAUGAAAAUUUCAUAGAUCAAGCAUUCAAGGAAGAUGGAGAAAAAGAAAAGCUGAACAAAGACCAUGCCGAAAGAAAUGGAAGUGAGAAGAGGAAAAAUGGAAACCAGAAGAAAAAAGGAAAUUAAAAUUUAAGUUUUAUCUUAUAUUUAAGUUUAAAACAUGCUGAAAUUGAAAAUUAUAUGAAGAAAUUAGCUAAAAAAUAAAGGAAAGAAAAUUAUUACUUAAUGAGUUGUGUUCUCCAGCUUUUGGAGGUGUUAAUUUUAUUUUUAAUUUGAUAAGCCUAUAUGAUUGUCAUGACUUCUUAUCUAGUAAUAUUCACCAAAAUAACUUACGUCCCAUGUUCAAUUUAAAUUAUUUAUGCUAUCAAAUUACAAUUUAUUGAGUGACAAAUUGCCUGUGUUAUGUAUACUUUUAAAAUUUGAACCUAAUUUAAUAAUCACAAGAAUGAACUAUAAGACAUUUUCUGACUAUUUGAUUCAUGUCAAUCCUGAUUUAGUUUUUGAUGGAUAAUAAUUUAUAGAUUUUUUCCAAUUCAAAGAGAUAUGGAAAUUGUAAAAUUUAAUAGAAAAUAAUGGUCAAUGUCAAUUAUUUUCAUUGGUGCCCAUUAACAUAUCUGCAGAGCCCUUGACCAUGAAUUAAGAUAACCCCAAUCCCAUGCUUCACAAUUUGUUUAUAUACUGGGUAAUUGUGUGCUUUACAAAAAUUAUGCUACAUUAUGUUUUGAAUUAUAAAGAUGCAGUCAUUUACUCAAGGGUUCCCAAAUGCAGUGUAUUUUGCUGCAUUUUCACAUCUCAACCAUAUCUAGUCACAAAGUUUGCCCAAACAUAAUCUAUUAUUGUUUUUAUUUUAAAAAAAGACUUUUUCCAUAAUCAAAAAUGUUCCUGUGCAGUUUGUUGCUAUCAUUAUAUUGAGUAAAAAUUUUGCAUUUUAAAGCCAUCUGCAAACACCCAAAACUUUUUUUUACAACUUUUUAUUUAGUUUGCUAUGAACAUGUGCACAGUCAAAGAUAAUUCUUUAAAUUCAUUUUAUUUUACCAUCCAGCACCCUACUGAGACACUCCUUACUUGGAGCCACUGCGAUAAAUCCUUCCGUUGUUCCUUAAAUUUUUAAUGUUGUCAUUCGAGGUAUUAAUAAAUGUUUAGUUAUAUUGAGAUUAGAAUCAUUUUUAAAAAAAUAAAAAUUUGUUAAUAAAAAAUAAAGUUUUAGUUUUGUAUUUAUC